AUGGAAAUGAAAACCCUUACACACAAGCGGCAGCUGGAGUUGAACGCUAUGGACACUGUGACAGCGAGCAAAGGAGUCAUGAUCCACAAGCUCAAUCCCGGCACGUUUGGUCAAGUCCUGGCCCCUGGUGAUACCACCAAUUUUGAACACGUUUUUGUAGGUGGUUGGCUGUGCGAGAAACCUGAAACCCCAGGGCUGGAUGGCGUAUGCCAGCGUGAGUCCGACGGCUGGGAUUAUAGAGGGCAAACCGGCCACGCAGAGAUCUUGAUGUCAAAAGACUUCUCUGAAAUUGGAUGUGCGCACUCUACUGGGAUUUGGUGUUGCGAUCUUGCAUAG